AUGUCUGAUAUCGAAAUAAUCGAAAUCUCUGAACCACAAGGAAUUGGGAGGAAAAGACAUCGAACUAGAUCUAGAAACAGUAAAUAUAGACAAGAAAGAAAGGAUGAGUUCAAAACUGGUCGAAAACGAACAUCUUCGGGGCUUAUUGAGGAUAGUCGAACAAUGAAAGGAACUGAAACACAUUUCAAGGAUUUUGUGUUGGAUCGAACUGAAACGCCGCAGAGGAAAAUGUUGGAGGAGGACGUGGAUUUGGAAAUUGAAACUUUGUGGGUUUAUUUUUCCGGAUCAAAAAUGUUUACGCCUGGAGAGGGGUCCAAAAAUGCACAUUGAAAACUUAAUCAUGAAACUUAUGAUUCAAGUAGGAAAAAAAAUAUUUUAAAUUGUUUUUUGACAAAAAAAUUCGAUUCAGCUAAAUCGGAAAUUUGAAGUAACCUUAAAAAUACGAUUGCUCAUUUUAAUCCAUAAAAUUGAGCUAGAUUUAAAAAUCGGAAAUUUGAAGUAACUUCAAAUAUACCAUUGCUCAUUUUAAUUCAAAAAAUCAGCGUGAACUGCAUUUUAUAAAUCAAAUUUUCAGAACACCCAGUGCUUGGAAUGAAAGUCUACAACAAUCUUUGCUUGGAGAAUGUUCGGCCAAUUCGGAACCACCCAAAAAAAGGUUCAGAAAACCUGUGAGCUCACUCAUUUUCUUAUUCAUUUUUCUAUAUUUUUCUCAUUUUCCAGAUUUGUUAUAACUGCGAUGGAUCACAUAGAUUAGCAGAUUGUGAAAAACCUCGGGAUUUUCGACGAAUCUCGCAAAAACAAAGUGAACAAGCCGAUGAAAUGUGUGUAUUUGGGUACAAUUUGUGUAUUUGAAUACAAAAUUGAUUUUUUCAGAAGGCGGAGGCAACUGAGCUAUGCAAGAUAUACGGAUAAGGAUCAGAAAGAGAAAUGUUUCAAACCUGGAGAUAUAAGUGAUAAUUUGAGAUUUGCCUUAGGUAAGAAUUUUUAUAAGUGCUUGAAAUUUCAAAAAAAAAAAAUUCAGGUUUGAAUCAACACGACAUUCCUGAAUAUAUUUAUCGAAUGCGAAGAAUGGGAUUUGUCAAAGGAUAUCCUCCAGGUUAUCUCAAAAAAGCUAUCAAGAAUUCGGAGGCGCCUUUAAAAUUCAUCGAAAUUGCGGAUAAAUUUGAGAAAGAUGAGAAAGAGGCACCGCUUUUAGACCCAACAAAAAUGAUUAGUUAUAUGGGCUUCAAUGGAACUUAUAAGAAGUUGAAAGAUGUAAGUUUUUCUGGAAUAAAAUUUCUUGAUCUUGAAAUCCUAAUUUCAAUUUUUUCAGCUUGAAGACUUCAAAAUACCACCAAUUGAUGUGUUUUGUGAUAAAUAUCAAGAAGAGCUUCAAAUCUUGUUCAAAAGCCAGAAGAAAAAAGAGAAAAAGGAAUCUAAAAGUAAAAAGUUAAUAUUUAAAGAAAUAUCAAAUUUUAUAAAUUUUCAGAGCACAUCAAAUUCACAGACGAUGAAGAUGAUUGUAUAAUUAUUGAUAAAGAAGCAUCUGAAACAGCUGGAAAAUGUGUUUUGCCUGGAGAAGAAGCUGAAAUUAGCAUUCUCGCGAAAAAUGAGCAGAUUGAAGAAGAAGCUGAUGAAUUUAGUAGGAUUGAAGAUGAAACUUUGAAUGAGGUUUGUUUUUUUUCAAACCUCACUAAAGAACCUGGAGCAGUGGAUAAAAAAUUUCUCACCUGGUUUCAUUUUUGAAAAUUACCCACCUAAAAAUGUUACCCACCUGAGGCACGCGUUUAAAAAAACCCUUAAAAAUUUUGCCCUACUAUGUUUUCAAAAAAACCUCCCACUUGGAAUUCCAAGUCUUGGUGAAGUAAAAAUUUCUUCAAAAAAAUCAUCCGAAUACAUUUCCAGGGUGAUUCGAUGUUUGUCUCAAUUGGAACUCCGGUUUUCGCCAAAGACUCUCUCAAUCUCCCAUCAAUUGAUGCAUUUGCUGUUGGAAUUCUACCGUUUGAAGCUCGAGAAGAAUGUACAGAUAAUAAAGGUUGGAAUUUUCUCUCUAAGUUUUUGAAAAUUUUAAAAUUCAAAACAAAUUUCAGGCAUCUUCAAGCGAUUGAUGAGUAAAUUGAAAUCGAAAUUGGAAUAA